AUGCCUUUCAACCUCAAGAAGAUCUUCUCUAAGAAGUCCCGCGCUCAGACGCUACCACUGCCUCCCAUACUACGCAAGUCCCCCGUCGUGGGCUCGUCUUCUCGAGGCUCGAGUCCCGCAUCUUCGUGCAGCACCCUCGUUGGUGCACCCUCCAUUGAACACAAGCACCUUACCAUAGUCCAAAGCAUUCACACUGAACCUUCACAUGACGUAUGGCUCGUCGCUCACAAUCACACCAAGCAGCACUUCACCCUCAGUGUCUACCGAACGCACCUUCUGACGGCCGAACAACGCAGUCGACUACGCGAUGAGCGUAUGAUGAUGCUCCUGCUCUCUGGAUGCGACGAGUUCGUCAAGAUUGUCAGCCACUGGGAGGAGGUGGGCGAGAAGUAUAUCCUUACGGACUACUACCCGUAUACACUUGCGGACGCUUUGCGCGAGCAACCUUUCAACAAAGGACAAGCUCGACUUUAUGCGGCUCAUAUCGUCUCCGCGCUCAUCUUCUUACACCACUUGCAAACUAUUCACAACGAUGUCACACUGGCAAACGUACAUCUUACGCCUACAGGCCGACCAGUGCUUGGUGGCUUGGGGAAAACGAUCAUUUCUAUGCGAGGUUCCCCCAACUUCGUCGGCGACAUCCGUAACCUUGGCGUCUGCAUGUACCAAAUGGCAACUAGCCGAUUGCCAUUCGACAAACGGGGUAACUUCAUCCCUUUCCGACGCGUGGACCUUGUUCGCCCUGCCUUGCAACACUUGAUUCUCUGUAUGAUAAGCAACCGUAUAUCCGACCUCCAACACGUGAAGGACCAUCGAUACUUUGCCGGCAUUGACUGGGCAAAGAUCGCAUCUCCGAUGUACACUGGGACGUACAGCGCGGAACCAGUCGGCCGGAAGAAGGCUGACGACCCCUCCGUUACUGUAUUCCCUGCUGGGAUCGCAGAGAUUCGUUGUGACUGGCAGGUUGCAUACCUGAAGAAGCAAGACACGCGCAGCAAGUUACCUGAACACUCCUCGACGGAGUCUUUAGGAUCUGGAAAGACAUCCGGCGGGUCUAGCCUUGGUUCACCCGGUAAGAUCCCUCUAUGGGGAGUGGAUGAAGUUAUUUGUGGAUAUACACCAAGAUAUGGGCAAUCGCCUAAGUACUUUGAGUCUGCAGCGCGCGAGGAGGAGGUGCUGGGAUCAGCGUUCGAGGAUUAG